GCUCAAUUCAAAGAGCAUGGAUCUGAUUCGAGACCAAAGGCUUCUACAACAUGAAACUAGGUAUGUUUAUAUACCAAGGGAAGGAAUCGGAUGAAAGAUCGGAGUUCUGGAAGGUCUCGAACGAAAGGCGCGAAGUUAGUACGAAAGCUGCCUUUUGACUGUUUUCCGGGCAGCUUACUUGUGCUUCAAGAAAGGAAGUUU